AUGACAUUGUUACCGUUGCUAUUACUGCUGCUCACUACUGUCAUUGGAGCAUUUGCCAAAUGGGGACAGCCGUCUGCUGGAGUCAUCCUGCGCGGCGACGAUAGCAAAACCCGAUCAGGUUUACUGAGCCGUGAUCAUCGUUGCACACAGUUUCCAAACGAGUUUCCGGCCCACACGGCACAAAACGUGGGUGCCACGCACUGUGGCCUCUGGACCAACGAAGAUUGUACGGGAACCCUUUAUGUGGUACCAGCACAUUACGCCAUCAAUAUGCCAAACGCCCAGUUCUCAUCCAUCAUUUGUUAA